ACAAAAAAAUAAAAAAAAGUAACGCAAUUGCAAAUUUGCAACUGCUUUGUGUUUCCAAGUGUGACCACUUAACAAUUAUUUGCCCCUUCUUCUUCUUCCCCUUCUUCUUCUAAUUCUGUAAAUCCUUGCCUUUUCAGCUUCCACUCUGUUUUAAAUUUUAAAUUUUUUUUCUUUGUUUAUCUAACUGUUAUAGUAGACUGCAUUUUCUUGCACAAUGUCAGCAUUUAACAAAUUUAUUACAACCUAAGAAUCUACUUAUUGUCUUCAAUUUAUAUUCUAUAACAUAUUAUUAAGAAUACAGAACAAGAAUCAAAGAACAUGUCUUCCAAGACCAGAUCUGGGUUGUCUGAGACCCCAAUCAAAGGAUCACCGGCGACUCCUAGAGUGAGUAAACCGAGUAGAGUAAAAUCAGAAGCUGACUCACCUGCUGCAACCCAAAGUUCUCGCCUUUCAAUUGAUCGUUCUCCACGAACUGUUACUUCUAAGCCUACUGUUGAUCGUCGGUCACCGAAGGUCGCUACGCCACCUGAACCUACUGUUGAUCGUCGCUCACCAAAGGUCACUGCGCCACCUGAAAAACUACAGUCAAGAGUGGUUAAAGGAUCAGAGUUGCAGGCUCAGUUGAACGCUGUUCAGGAAGAUCUAAAGAAAGCUAAAGAGCAGAUAGCAUUGAUUGAGAAAGAGAAGGAGCUAGCAAUUGAUGAACUGAAACAAGCUCAAAAAGUUGCCGACGAGGCAAAUGAGAAGCUUCAAGAAGCCUUGGUGGCUCAAAAGAGAGCCGAGGAUGAUUCUGAAGUUGAGAAGUUUCGUGCUGUUGAGUCGGAACAAGCUGGGAUUGAGGCAGCUCAAAAGAAGGAAGAUGAAUGGCAGAAAGAGCUCGAGUCCGUCAAGAACCAACAUGCUUUGGAUGUGGACGCCCUUCUCUCUGCCACUCAAGAGCUUGAGAAGGUGAAACAAGAAUUGGCCAUGACCACUGAUGCGAAAAACAAGGCGUUGAGCCAUGCUGAUGACGCAACUAAGAUAGCGGAGAUUCAUGUAGAUAAGAUGGAGGUUCUUUCAUCUGAAUUGACCCGGUUGAAGGUGCUACUUGAUUCAAAGCUGGAAACCGAGGCCAAUGAAAGCCACAGGAUGGUGGCAGAGCUCGUAGAGGAGAUUGAUAUUUUGAAACUAGAACUUGAGAAAGCAAAGGAUUUUGAGAAAAAAUUGAUUGAAAAAGAGGCUUCUACAGAACAGCUUAACGUUGAGUUAGAAGCCGCUAAAAUGGCUGAAUCUUAUGCGCGCAGUUUAGCAGAGGAGUGGAAAAGUAGUGUAGACGAAUUAGAGAUGCAGCUUGAAGAAGCAAACAAGUUGGAGAAAUCUGCAUCUGUAUCUUUAUGCUCAGUCAUGAAACAGCUCGAGGAAAACAAUGAUCUUUUGCAUGAUGCUGAAGUUCAAAUUGCUUCUCUUAAAGAGAAGGUGGGCUUGUUGGAAAUGACAAUUGCGAGACAGAAAGGGGAUCUCGAGGAAUCAGAGCGGUGUCUUGGAUUGGCAAAGGAGGAGACUUCUGAAACAGCAAAAAAACUCGAGUCUUUGAAGUCCGAGUUGGAUUUAGUGAAAGAAGAGAAAACUCAGGCUUUAAACAAUGAGAAACUUGCAGCAUCUAGCGUUCAAACUCUAUUAGAAGAGAAAAAUAAACUCAUAACUGAGUUGGAGAAUUCGAGGGAGGAGGAGGAAAAGAGCAAGAAGGCAAUGGAAAGUCUAGCUUCUGCCUUGCAUGAAGUGUCUGCUGAAGCAAGGGAGGCUAAAGAAAUGCUGUUAUCCAAUCAAGUGGAGCAUGAAAGUAAUGAAACCCAGAUCGAAGAUUUAAAAUUAGUCCUUAAAGAAGCAAACCAGAGAUAUGAAGCCAUUGUAGAUGAGAACAAACACGAGAUUGAUUUUCUCAAAAAUAUUAUUGAAGAAUCCAAGAAAGAAAUUUUGAGCUCCAAGGCUGAGUGGGAGCAAAAAGAACUGAAUCUGGUGAACCGUGUCAAGAAAUCAGACGAAGAGAAUUCUUCGUUGGAAAGAGAAAUAGAUCGGCUGGUAGAUUUACUGAAGCAGACUGAGGAAGAAGCUUGCGUCACUAGGGAAGAAGAGGCUCAUUUGAAGGGUAGCUUAAAGGAAGUUGAAGCUGAAGUCAUUUCAUUGCAAGAAACCCUUGGAGAAGCAAAAAUAGAGAGUUUGAAACUGAAGGAGAGUUUAUUAGACAAGGAAAAUGAGUUGCAGAAUCUUAUACAAGAAAAUGAGGAUAUUCGAACUAAGGAAGCUAUUUCUCAGAAGAAGGUAGAGGAACUGUCUAAAUUGCUUGAAGAAGCUAUGGCUAAGAAGCACACUGAGGAGAAUGGUGAGCUCACAGACAGUGAAAAGGACUAUGAUUUGCUUCCGAAGGUGGUUGAAUUCUCUGAAGAAAAUGGGCACGUGAGCGAAGAAAAACCCAAAAAGGAGUUUCCCUCACCGCCACAGCAACACGAGGAUCUGGAAAUUUCCAAGGAACAAAAUAAUGGCCUCGACAAUGAGAGUGCUUUAUCAGAAUCUGUUAAAAUCGAGAAUGUGAAUGGAAAACUAAGCGAAGACGAGAGCAAAGAAAAAGAAGACGACACAGUAGAAGUUGAGUUUAAGAUGUGGGAAAGCUGCAAAAUUGAAAAGAAAGAGUUUUCACCCGAAAGAGAAACAGAACCGGAAUCGCUCGAGGAUGAAGUGAACUCCAAAAUCGAUGUUGGUGAAAGCUUCGAUCAGAUAAACGGUUUAUCCUCAACAGAAAAUGUAGACGAUGGUGGGAGCUCACCAUCAAAGCAGCAGCCGGAGCAGCUACAGAAGAAAAAGAAGAAGCCAUUGCUUGGUAAAUUCGGCAGCUUACUUAAGAAGAAGAGCAGUAGCAACCAGAAGUAGUGGAAGAGACCAAUUACGGGCAGGUAUAUUGUAAGAUGCCAUGAACAAGAGUGUUUGCUUUAUUAUUUUUGCUUCUGAUUUGCAGAAUAGGUUGAAAAUUAAAAUGUUUGUAUUAUCUUUAGUUCUUUUCCAUCCUUGUGCUGUGAUUAUCAUGUUUGUGAUAUAUGUGAUGGAGAUUCUUUUUCUCA